AUGGUUUCAAUCCUCCCUCAGUUAAAAUCUAUAUUUCAGUUUUUUAAAAGCAAGCCAUUUGGAUUUGCAAUAAUUUCCUUUGUGGCCAUUAUUGCCAUUAUUGCCAAUUGGAUUCAUCUUUCUCAAUAUUCUGAACCAGACCAUCCAACUUCCUUUUUUUCAUCUAACUGCAAUUCCAUACUUAAAUAUGGACGAUAUCUAAAUGAUGUCCACGAAACCCCUUCAAAUUGGCAGCCUGAUGGUUGUGUGCUUAAACACUAUCGUUCUUAUUAUCAAGAUAAUCUGCAAAGUUGUUUUAAACCUGGAGACGAAAUAUAUUUCUUUGGGGACUCUACCGCUCGCCAAGUCUUUUGGGGAUUUACUACUAUUCUUUUUAGACAGAAUUUACCUCUGAAAGGUGGGCAUGGAUCCUUGAGUUUUGAGCAGGACGGAAUUACUCUUAACUUUGUUUGGGAUCAAUUACUAGAUAGUAUUGGCGCCAACAUUACGGCCAAUAUUGCAAAGUUGGGGCUAAAGGCCAAGGAGAGAGAAGAAAAUGCUGCUUUAAACACUGACAAAUCUUACCAACCUAAAACUUACAUUUACACUACUGUUGGUCCAUGGUAUACGACUACUGUAGAAACAAAAUUUAUUGCAAAAACCUAUGAUCAUAAUAUUGGUCGAUUUCUUGAAACACUUGAAAAUCAAAUCGAGGGGGCCUUUGCAGGAGUUUAUCUUGCUCCAGCAUUAAACCCUGCAUACCCCUUUCUUAACGAGCUCAGAACUUCCUUAAUGAAACCUGAAAAAUAUCAUAAAAUGUCAGCCCAAUCUGAUAAACUGUUCAACUAUGUGCGCACAAACAAAACAGUCUCUUCAAAGGUAAACCCAGCACUUUAUCCUGGUGGUGUGCGCUAUCAAAAAAAAUCACCUUCAAGUGCAGCAGCAUACUAUGUUCCAGUGUUUAACGAACUUUCUGCAGAAAAUCAUCGUGGAAUGCAUGAUGGUAUUGGUGUGCAUUACCUUCAUGAUGGCUUUCUUACUCAAGCAAAUAUUUUAAUCAAUCACAUGUGCAAUGAAAGAUUGGCUGAGGAAAAUAUGAUUGAAGCAGGAACAUGUUGUAUUCCUUAUAUUGAUCGUAAAGGCAACUUUUCAAUUUUUGGGUUGAUUGGAAAGAUUUCAGUAUUUGUUCCACUAUUUGUAUUGCUUUUUUUCAUUUUUGAAGAUGUUAUUUUGGCUCUAAAGUAUUCUGCUUUGUCUGUUGUUAUUUUCAUGAGUGUAGCCACAUGGGCCCACUUGUCAAAUGAGUCACCCUUAAUAAGUAAAGUCGAGCUACUCUUUUCUUCAACUGAAUUUUGGGGGAUGUUGCAAACUUGGGUUGUUAUUGUUUUAGUCUCUGCUAUUUAUUCUGAGCCCAGUGUCUUGUCACCUUCUUCUGCUUUUCUUGCUGAGUUACAGGGUACUUUUGCUACUCUUUAUAUUAUUGUUCAAUAUUCAGGUGCUACUACAUUGUUUUACAGUUUUAGGGGGGAGUUUUGUGCGAGAGUGUUGCUUUCAAUGUGGCUAAUUCUACAGAUUUAUGAGUUAACCUCAGUUUGCUUAGAUCAGCUGGAUCCCACAUCUUUGGCCAUAAGCUAUUCCCAGAUAAUCCCCAUAAUUUCCAAAGCUUUUGCUCGUGCUUUAGCCCUUCCCUUGUUUUUAGGCUUAAGUGUUAGUGAUAUCACUCGCAAACUCCCACCAAAUUCUCCAGCACCAUCUUAUGUCGAUGUAACUUCCAAGAUUAUUUUUGGAAUUACAUUUAUUUUUUUUAUUCUACCUCUGGUUUCAAUUUUGAAAGCAAAAGUGGCAGAUCUAUUGCAACAGGACGAUGAAACCGCUAUUGAUUCCUUACCAAUAUUUAAAAGAUUUUUCAUGAGACGUAAAAUCUCAUGUACAAUUAUAUCUGAAACAGCAUUUAUUGUUAUGAUUUUAAUAUGUUUUCAUGUGCUCAGCUUAUUUUUCCUUUAUGCAAAGCUUUCAGGUGUUUUGGCACGGGCGCUGAACGCUAUUACUGAUGAUUAUUGGGUAUUAAUUGCAGGUGUAUGGAUUGCGUUAUUGCAGCAAUCAUUUUCCAUUAGUGAUAUUGUUGAGGUUUCCACCACUUCUAUAAUAGUUGCAAUUGUGGUUUCUUUGGGUUUAAUUAAUAUUGUGCUUUCAUAUGUUGACUUUUAUUUGCCUGUCGACCCCUUUGACUUGUCUCUUCCUACUCCAUACAUUCAAGUCAACCGCAAACUAUACUAUGAGCUUCUUCUUGAACGUGGCAAAGUUUACACCCCCUUACUACAUUUAUUUUUUGUAGUUACACUUCUUGCAUGUUAUACAGUGAUGCGCAUAGGCCUAUUGCAGAGGUUUUCGCGGGAUGUGCCUGUUUUUUCAUCUGUAUUGAUAGCCGCAUCUGGAGUGAGUUAUGAGAUGCUUCUUCUUUACCCAUAUGUUCUGUUAGCGGUAGGCGGUACAGUGCGCUUGCAUUAUCUACCUACAGGAAUUGUUCACUCAUCACUUAUCACUCGCACUUAUGAUUUUGUUGGCAAAGAGUUCAAAUUCCCUUAUACAUGGUGGCAUAUUGUGGAGAAGUUGCGCAAGACUGGGUCUAUGGUCAUUGGUGCUGGGGUGUUAUGGAUGCUUGCAAGUAUUAGUGCAAGUGUAUGGACAGAUUUAUGGCCGGAACAGCUGCCUGUACCAGUUGAGGCCACAGAAAUGAAUGAAGAAGAGAAUAAGCUUGAGGAGUUUGAAUUGGUUUGA